AUGUCAUCCUUGUACUCUGGUGACCAUGGGGAAGGAGGCAAGACCAGAGCGAGCACCAAAUCUAUCGGUCACGCCAUGCAGCGGACGCGGGAAUGGAUGGCAACCUCCCAGACUAGAUCUAGCGGUUUGACGGCAUCGACUUCGUCACAUUCGCCCUUUAGCAGCAAGACCGAUGAUUUGGAUCUUGACUCACUAUUCAAACGUCUGGACAAGUAUACCGCUGAAAUGAAGGAAGUAGAGAAGCGUCUCAAGCGAGCGAGGAGCGUUUCUGAGAAAUCCGAAGGAAUCAACAUCAAGCGUUUCUCCUUUGAGAACAAUGAUUCUUUGGAAGAGGGGCCUUUGCCGACAUUCAAGUCGCCGACCGAGUCAUCCUCUUCCAAUGAGCUAACCCAAGCACAAAUGGCCAGCGACGCGGCCAGCGACACGACUUCUCCAGAACAGGCGCUGCCCACUCCUAUUGCCGAAGCCAACCCCCAGACCGCUUCAAGCACUAAGAACCCGCCACCUGAACCGGACCAAUUGCGACAGGACUCCCCAGCGCCAGUGUUUGGGAAUUGGAAACAAUGGGCAGAGGAACAAUUCUUGCCAACAAAACUAGUCAAGGACCGUUCGAGCAGCAGAUACUCAAACAAAGUAAAAUCAUACUCCAAAUCUUCGCGCCAGAGAUAUCUCUGGAAGAGACAGUCACCGUCACCCCCGUCGAGAGGGAGCCAUCACGCAUCAAAUUCCGAAAAGGGCCAGGUCUUGGAUCAGAUGCCCGAAGAUCGAAGAGAAGACCACCAAGAGCGUCACCAAUACGACUUCUCUGAAGGCGACGAACCUGGUCCAUCCUUCCCAACAUCUUGGAUCUUGCCGCCCAGAACUUCAAGCAGGAAAGAAGCCAGUAAGGAGAUGAUGCAAGAAGAAGCAAUUACGCCUCCCAGGCCAACACCUCGCAGGCGGACGACAACAAGCGAUGGCCGGCCUUCGAUAAGGAAUGGUGGAUUUUGGUCCGACCAAACUGCUGAACUGUUCGCUCAAGGAGAGGUACCGCCUGUUCCUGCGUUAUCCCAAUCUAACUCAAAUGCGACAUUAAAAUCGAAUCCCCCUCUGACACCUUUGACACUGAGCGAUCCGAGAGAAGACCAAUUACGCCGAGAGAUGGAAAGUUUUGCCAUCCGGGACGGACCAGAGACACUCGAACACAGGUACAAGAAGCGAAGGCCUCCCGUGUUGAAUUUGUUCGACUCGGAUGACGAGAAAGAAGACCAGCAGUCGGUCUCCACAACACUGGAACCGGACAACUUGAGUUUGCUGGAAACGAGCGACGAUCGCGGCGCUAGACCUCGAACGCGGCGGCGUAAGAGUAUUUUCAGCAUCUUCCAGCGGAGGUCGCCGGUUGAAAAGCUGAUUGACAUGUAUUUCGAUGACGAGCCAGAGGAGAGGCCGGCCCUCCAAAGAGGGUCAACUCGGUCAAGAAAAGGAUCUCCUGUCCAGGAGAAGAUGCCGAAAAGCCCAGCAAUGCCACCGCUGCCACAAACCCUCCAUGGAAAGCAGACAUCGCUCUAG